ACCCCCAGUAGAGCAAUCUGACCCCGAUCGUGACGAUGACAACAGACACGAUGAUGACAACUCGGAAGGGGUGGUUUCUGGAAAAACAAAAUACUGAGGCUAGCGAUGCGAAUGCGGUUACCAAUGACGACUCCGAUGACGCCCCGCCGACUCAGGUGGCUGGCCCCUCGAAGCGAGUAGCAGAGAUGUCUACGACCGCAGCCCAACCGCCAAAAUGCAAGCUAAAUGGUAAAGUCAGAAGGGCCGGGCGACCUCAUUUGAAUCGUGCGGCGAUGAAAGCGAAGGCGGCGUUAGCAUUGAAAGAGUACAAUAACGGGAUGAAACUGCGCGCUGUUUUAAGAGAUAACGACGUCUGCGAUGUGGUGUCAACUCUGUGGAUGGUCAUGCGUGGGGUUCGCAAUGUUGGGUCUUUCCUUACUACCUUUCCAGUCAAGAAGAAUGGUGAGGGAAGGUCAAUUCAGUGGCGCGUCGACAUAGAUUACGUACCAGAUAGAGUGCGAUUCCGACUUGUCGAAUCGCUUGAUGAUUCGUUGGUUAAGUUGAUGGGCGGAUUGGCACUAAAUGAAGAGAUUGAGUUGGACAGUGACGGUGAACGAAUGAGUAGCAUUGAGAGUUACGUGGUGUCAAUUGAUAAAGUUGGUCAGUUCACAUGA